AUGUCUUACCAAUUGCUCUACCAUGCCAGGAAGGCCGCUGCCACCUGGUCGAACAUUUGGUCUCAUGUCUUUGGGAGGACCGAUCCCCUCAGCUCCAUUCUGUACGCAACCUGUCUUCGGCGCACAAAGGCACAGCAUGAGAUUACGCAAGCCGAACAAAAGACAGUUGCUGCAGCAGUUGAGGUCAUUGUCAAUUGGUUCAUCCACUUCUUCACGGGGGAGCUGCUGGCGCGAAACGGCACGAUGCGAUCGACAAUCUUGUCGCAAGUCCCUGCUACGGCCCCGGACGCAGCGGAUUAUCUACAGCGAGACGGACUAGAGCUUUUGGUGGUGGACCUGAUAUUUGACAGGGCGGUAAAGACCGACGAAUGGGUGGGAAAUGGACAAAUUCUGGAAGAAUGUGGCCCGGAACUUCGCGCUCUGCCCGAAUGUCAGAAUGACUCGCAAUACAUGCACCUCCUCCGGAGGUACUUGCAGUAUAUUCGGACAAUCGAACGAAUUCGUUGGGACUAG